GCAGUGUAUCCAACAUGGAGGCAGUCAGGGGUCUCGACUCAAAGGCCCUGAGAUAGGCGAUGCGAAGCCUGACCAAGUGAACACAAACUCGAAGCCACUUAGAUGGCGGAUAGCGAAGGAGAGAGCGAUGAAGAGAUCGAUGUUCUUUCCAAUAUAAAUGAUCAAAAUCGUAUUGAAAUGUUUGUUGGUACAAAUUCAUCUAAACUAGUACCUCAAACUACCCAUCCCCUAUCCCAUGUAGGGGGAGGGCUUCAAAGACAGAAAGAACUAGGAUUUAACUUAAGAAAUGAGGAAGAAUCUGAGUCCGACGAGUCAGACAGUAGCAGCGGAUCAGAAUCAGACUCUGAAGACGAGGAGGAGGAAGAGGAUGAAGAAGAUGAUAGCUCUGCUGCAGUUUCUCGUCCACCAGUACUACACAUUCGUGAUAUCCAUCCAAUCAAGCCAAGUGAAGAUGAUCUUAGUCCACAAGAUCAAGAUGAUCUGAACUCACCUGAUCCCAGCCCUAAUGGACCUACAAGCAUUAAUGGAACCAAGAAAACUAGAUUCUGGGAAGAAGACCCUGAAAUCUAUGGAAUACGAAGAUCGGGAAGACAACGAAAAGAACCAGAGAGAUUUAAUGUAAUGCUUGAGGAAUCCAAUGAUGAGGAGACAAAUGGACCAGUAAGGAAAAAGAAAAAGUCAAAUACCAAAAGAAGUAACCGACUUUCAUCCAGUGAAGAGUGGCCUACAGAAGGAAAUGACAACAGUUCAGGAAGCGACAGCACUGAUAGCUAUACACCAGAGGUAUCCAGACCACGCCCAAAGCCAAGGGCUAGAGCAAGGGCCGCUCCAAUCCAGGCAAACACAUACUCACAACAGAGAUUCAAAGCACAACUCCCCAAAAGAAAUAAGAUCAAAGAACCAGCACCUGACAGUGAAGCUUCUGAUUCUGAUGAUGAUGUGUCAAGAUGUAGCUCGCUCAGAAAAGCAGCACUCAACAUCACCAGUUACAAAGAAGAAAGUGAAGAUGAAACAGACUCAGAAGAUGUUGUGGAAGGCAAUAACGGAGACUGGCAGGAAGACUAUGUAGAAGACGAUAGAGAAAUGAUAGAAAGAAUACUAGACUCAAGACAAGGACGUCCUGGUGAGAUUGGUGCUAUAACCACAGUAUACUCACCUCAAUAUGAAGAACUCCAGAAAAAAGGUCCUCCUGACCCUAAAAAAGAAGAAACUGAAGAACAGUUCUUGAUUAAGUGGAAGGGUUGGUCCCAUUUACACAGCACUUGGGAAAGUAAGAAGAGUUUGAUUGACCAAAAUGUCAAAGGGAUGAAAAAGCUUGACAAUUUCAUGAAAAGGGAAAAAGAUAUAAGGGCUUGGAAAAAGAUUGCAAGUCCUGAGGAUAUAGAAUACUUUGAGGUUCAGCAGCUGAUGAACAGUGACCUGAUAGAGGAAUACCAUCAAGUGGAAAGAAUUAUAGCACACACAACAGUCAGUAACACUGAUGAGCUUGGUAACACAGUAAAUCAAGUAGAUUAUCUGUGUAAAUGGGCUGGUAUGCCAUAUGGCGAAAGUACCUGGGAAGAUGGCUCUCUAGUAUCAAGAUACUUCCAAGACAAAAUAGAUGAUUACCUUAACAGAGAACGUUCCGACAAAAUACCUACCAAAAGUGCAAAGGUUCUUCGACAACGGCCCAAAUUUACCCUCAUCAAAAAGCAGCCAUCCUAUAUCGGCUCGAACGACAAAUUAAUACUUCGAGAUUAUCAAUUAGAUGGACUGAAUUGGCUUGUGAAUUCUUGGUGCAAAGGGAAUUCUACCAUCCUAGCAGACGAGAUGGGUCUCGGCAAGACUAUCCAAGUUAUUUCUUUCCUGUCCUAUUUAUUUCAUUCUCAUACUUUGUAUGGACCUUUUCUUAUUGUGGUUCCUCUUUCUACGAUGGCCGCCUGGCAGAGAGAGUUUGCUUUAUGGGGUUCUCAGCUAAACGUUGUAGUUUAUCUUGGAGAUGUCACUAGCAGAACUAAGAUCCGUGAACAUGAGUUUUAUCAUAAAAACAAGAAGUUAAAAAUUAACGCAUUACUAUCAACAUAUGAAAUCAUUCUUAAAGAUAAGCACAUUCUAAGUACAUUCAACUGGGCUGGUCUUGUUGUUGAUGAAGCUCAUCGCUUAAAGAAUGAUGAUUCCUUACUGUACAAAGUCCUUCAGGAAUUCCAUACCAACCAUAGACUUCUUGUUACUGGUACACCAUUACAGAACUCUUUGAAGGAGUUAUGGGCACUUCUGCACUUCCUCAUGCCAGACAAGUUUGCCAGGUGGGAAGAGUUUGAAAAUACCCAUUCUACACAAGAACAAAAAGACAAAGGUUUUUCUGGUCUUCACAAAGAACUUGAACCCUACUUGUUGAGACGAGUAAAGAAAGAUGUAGAGAAAUCUCUACCAGCUAAAGUUGAACAGAUCCUAAGAGUGGAGAUGUCUUCAAUACAAAAACAAUAUUACAGGUGGAUCUUGACGAAAAACUUCAGGGCUCUGAACAAGGGUUUGAAAGGCAAUGCCAACAGCUUCCUUAACAUUGUAAUGGAGUUAAAAAAGUGUGCCAAUCAUGCCAGUUUGAUACGUCCAUUGGAGAAUCCACAGUUGGUAUUUGAUCCUCUUCAGGAUCUUGUUCGAGGAAGUGGUAAACUCUUCUUAUUGGAUAAGCUACUUGUUCGUUUGAAAGAGACUGGUCAUCGUGUGCUAAUCUUCUCACAAAUGGUCCGCAUGCUUGAUAUCUUGGCCGAAUACUUGCAGCGCAGAAGAUUUCUGUUCCAGCGAUUGGAUGGCUCAAUACGUGGGGAUCUGAGAAAAAAGGCUUUGGAUCACUUUAAUGCUGAAGGCUCUGAGGACUUUUGUUUCUUAUUGUCAACACGUGCUGGAGGCCUAGGAAUCAACCUUGCUACUGCCGAUACAGUCAUUAUUUUUGACUCUGACUGGAAUCCACAGAAUGACCUACAGGCGCAGGCCCGUGCGCAUCGUAUUGGACAGCGUAACCAGGUCAACAUCUAUCGUCUGGUGUCCAAAGGGAGUGUUGAAGAAGACAUCAUUGAAAGAGCCAAACGUAAAAUGGUUUUAGACCAUCUUGUAAUCCAAAGAAUGGAUACCACAGGAAGGAAGGUGCUCUCCAAGACUCCAACUGCUCCUUCCACGACAACACCCUUCAAUAAGGACGAGCUGGCAUCGAUUCUUAAGUUUGGAGCUGAAGAUUUGUUCAAAGAGGCUGAAGGAGAGCAAGACUCGCAGUUACAGGAAAUGGAUAUUGAUGAUAUCUUGCGCCGUGCAGAACUGAGGACAUCUGAUGAUCAGCCUCAAACAGUUGGUGAAGAAUUGCUUUCCCAAUUCAAGAUGGCAAACUUCUCAAUAGAUGAAGAAUCUAUCAAUACUCCAGAACCUUCAAAUUCAAGUGACAAUAAGACCUGGGAAGAGAUCAUCCCUAAUGACAUUAGGCAGAAGAUUGAAGAAGAAGAGAAACAGAAAGAACAACUUGCCUUGUACUUGCCUCCUCGUUCUAGGAAAACUGUCAAUAAGAUGAACUACGACAGCGAAGGAGAACCAGCCAGCAGAAAAAAGCAGAGCAAGAAGAAGAAGUCCACGUCAGACAGUGAAGAUGAUGGUUCUGAUGAAGAUGAUAAAGACACAAAGAGGAAAAGAGGACGACCAAGGACUAUAAAACGGGAAGAUAUUGAAGGCUUCAAUGACUCUGAAAUAAGAAAGUUUGUCAAAAGCUACAAAAAGUUUGGCAGACCACAAACAAGGCUCGAUGCUAUAGCUACUGAUGCUGAACUGGACGACAAACCAAAGGAAGACAUUGAGAGACUGUCUGACAUUCUACAUGAUGGCUGCUUACGUGCUGUCAAGGAAUACAAUGAAAAGCUACAGGAGGAUCCAAACUUUGACGGAAAAAAGCGAGGUGCUACGUUGAGAAUCGGUAAUGUUACGAUCAAUGCGCCAUCAAUCUUGAAGCACGAGGAGGAACUCGAGCCAUUGGCUGUAGCGAUCCCUGUUGAUACUGCGGAGCGAAAAAAGUAUCGGUUGACUUUUCCUGCCAAGAGUGUCCACUGGGGUGUCCCCUGGGAUGUAUCAGACGAUUCCAUGUUGUUAUUGGGGAUAUAUGAACACGGUAUGGGAAACUGGGAAGCAAUCAAAGCAGACGAGGGUCUACAGCUGGCGAGUAAAAUCCUGCCCCCUGGGAACUUGAAACCACAAGACAAGCACCUGCAGACGAGGGCUGAAUACCUGAUCAAGCUAUUGAAACAAGUCAUGCAGGAGAGUAAGGCAGAGCAAUUGAGAAAGUCAUCAGCGACACUGAAAACCAAGAUUAAAAGAGUAAGGAAGAAAGAUACAAAAAAGAACGUUCCUUCUACUGAUGUCUCACCCGGUAGUUCAGCAGUACCCUCCCCUGCUGCUGUAGCAUCUCCCAAGGUACAGAUAGUAAACAAAGAGGGAGGGGAGGCUAGGGCUGAGAUGUCAAAACCACCACCACCACCAGUGGUGACGGAAACCAAACAGAAAAGUAAAAAGAAAGUUGGUUCGACGAAGAAAGAAAAGAAAAAAGCAAAGAAGGAAGAGAAGCCUCCAAAAGAGGAGAAGGAGAAAGAGAAAGAAAAGAAAGAAAAGAAAGAAACAAAAGUUAAGGAGGAACGGGAAAAAAAAGAAUCGUCGUCUAUGGAUGAAGAUCAACUUCCAAUCAGUUCCCCAGAAUCGAAACAUGAUAACCACGCUCACGUCAAUUCAUACUCGGCUGAUCACAUGGACAAGGAAACCUUUGACGCUUGUAAGGAAAAGAUGCGUCCAGUUAAGCGAGCUCUAAAGAUGCUGGAAAGCCCAGAACAAGACGUGGAAGACAAAGACCAAGUGGCCCAAACAAGACAGUGUUUGCUCAAGAUAGGCGAUCAUAUCAUGGAUAUGACAUCACAGUACAAAGAUCAUGACGUUGCAUCAGAAUGGAGAGGCAACUUGUGGACUUUUGUGUCCAAGUUCACCGCCUUUGAAGCCAAAAAGCUGUACAAACUGUAUCGACAUGCCGUGAAGAAGAGAGAAGAAACCAGACAACAACAUCAACAAGAAAAAAGUCAACACAAACACGGCCAAUCAGCGUCCAAGAAUGGCAAGCCUGCUGCCAGUCAUUCUGGUCAGCGGUCAGUUCUUAAACGACCACCUGAAAGUGUUUCACUUCCGGGUUCUUCUUCAAAAAUGCCUAAGCUAGAUACCAGCCGCUCUCGCUUUGGCCUCGACCCUGACGACUCCCAUCGAGUGGGGCAUGGGCACAGUGACAAAUCAAAAGAAAGACCCAGGGAGGGACACGAUGAUCGGCGUCGUUUCUACGAUCGAGAUCGCUACUCGUCGCACUACGAUCACCCGAAAACUCCCGAUAGACCUUCAGAUUAUUCACGAACACACGAAAGAUCUUCGGAACACUCUCGGACAAAAGACCAAUACUCGCGAACUUAUGAUCGUCUUUCCGACCAUCACUCAAGAGCAUUUGAUAAAAACUAUACAAAACCUUUCGACAAAAGAUCGGAUCACAGAGACGAUCAUUAUCGACCUCGGGAUUAUUCGUUUGAACAUCGGCAUCAUUCGUACAGUCAUCGGACUUUGAGCGAAAGUUCUCCGCAGAGUCUAAACGCGCACAGCCCGCUGGAUGUCAUCCACAGUCCACGUCCUCUUCAAGAAAGCAGGAAACAUUACUCAGACGACAAACAUCGAGACAAAAGAUCGUGACACAUACUAUUCUUGUCCAUUGUACUUUUCUAUUCUUGUAAAUAUGUCACGCGUCACGUCAGUUACGUAACGCCAUUCGUACCAUUUCGCCCUACUUACAACAAAGACAACUAUCGACCACUCUUGAA